AUGGCUGACCAACUCUUGCGUAGAAAGAGAAGAAUUUUUAUCCAUUCAGUGGGUGCAGGCACAAUAAAUGCCUUGCUGGAUUGCCUAUUAGAGGAUGAAAUUAUUAGCCAGGAAGACAUGAACAAAGUAAGAGAUGAAAAUGACACUGUAAUGGAUAAGGCUCGAGUCUUGAUUGACCUUGUUAUCGGAAAAGGACCCAAGUCUUGCCUCAAAUUUAUCAAGCAUCUCUGUGAAGAAGACCCUCCACUUGCCGCAAAGAUGGGUUUGCACAAAGGUAAGGUGGAAUGAGUCAACCUAAU